AUGUCAAAGGCCAAGACUCACCAGCCCACUGUAAUCCAUAAAGUUAUAAUGGUGGGCAGUGGAGGUGUGGGGAAAUCUGCUCUAACUCUUCAGUUUAUGUACGAUGAGUUUGUGGAAGACUAUGAACCAACAAAAGCAGACUCCUACCGUAAAAAAGUUGUCCUGGAUGGUGAGGAAGUUCAGAUAGAUAUUCUGGAUACAGCCGGACAAGAAGAUUACGCAGCAAUUCGAGACAACUAUUUCAGGAGCGGAGAGGGUUUUCUCUGUGUUUUUUCCAUUAAAGAACAGGAAUCCUUUCAAGCAACACAAGAUUUCAGGGAACAAAUACUACGAGUUAAAAAUGAUGAGAACAUUCCAUUUUUACUUGUUGGUAACAUGGUAGAUUUGGCUGAGCAGAGGCAGGUUAGUGUGCAGGAGGCUACUAAAAGAGCUCAAGAAUGGAAAGUUAACUAUGUUGAAACAUCAGCAAAAACUAGGGUGAAUGUAGAUAAGGUGUUUUAUGACCUGAUGCGUGAGAUUCGUGCAAGAAAGAUGGAGGCCAGCAAACAGAGCAAUGGCAAACAAAAUAAAGUCAGCAGAAAAAUCAAAUGUACGGUCUUAUAA